AUGUUAUCCUCUAUAGCGGUGCCGUCAUCGUGCUUCACGCAAACCUGGGUCACGACUCCGCCAGGCGAUUACAACCCAGGGCUUAUCAUCGGUAAUCCCUACGACACGGGAUGUUUCCCUGUGGCAUACGGCGCAACAGUCUCGCCAGCUCAGUGCCCGAACGGUUAUUCCAGCGCGUGUGCACCGACAAGCAUAUUGAUCCCAGGCGAGACAGUAUACGACUGCUGUCCCAAUGGUUAUUCGUGUGAUGGCGGAUUUUUCAAGUGUACCAGUGCAAUUGGACGCAACAUAACCAUGACAGUAACGGAUGUGAACAGCGCGCAGAAACCAACUCUCGUGACUAGCGUCACGAACGGUAUGAAUGCGCAUUCUAUACGAGUACGAUUCGCGAGUUCAGAUUUGGAAAGCACGACUACUUCUUCGGGUUCAAAUACAGCGAUACCAAGUUCUACGGCCACCUUACCUAGUUCAACGUCGAGCUAUACAUCGUCGCCACAAAGUAGCCCAACGGCGAGCGGAGACCUGUCUACAGGGGCCAAAGCAGGGAUAGGUGUUGGUGUCGCUCUGGGGGCGCUUUUGCUUUUCGGACUCGUGUGGUUUAUAUUCAAAAGGAGAAGCAAAAACACCAAGAAUGCGGUAGAACUGGAAAACAGCCCUUAUAAUCGACCAACACCCUCGCCGCGAAAGUAUCCGAGUGAGCUAAGCAGUGCAGGGCCUCAUGUGGUGCAUGAAAUGGACAGUCCACGUCAAAGGUUUGAAUUGCCUUCAUCAACGCCGCUGAUGAAGUAG